AUGGCUUCACUAGAGGAAAAAUUAACAACUCUUUUUCUUAAGAAAAGAGGGAGGAACCUGCUGAUUGUGCAGGUCUAUGUUGAUGACAUCAUUUUUGGUGCAACAAAUGAUUCCCUGUGUGAGGAGUUUGCAAAGCUUAUGGGAAACAUGGACGAACCUGGUUCCCCAGUAAAUGAAACUAUGUAUCGGGGUAUCAUUAGAUCUCUCUUAUACCUAACAGCCAUCAGACCUGACACCGUGUUUAGUGUUGGGUUUUGUGCUAGAUUCCAAUCACGUCCUAAAGAAUCUCAUUUGAAAGCUGCCAAAAAAAUUCUGAGAAAGAGCACAUCUGACAUGGCACACUUUCUGGGAUCUUGCUUGAUUUCAUGGGGUACAAAGAAACAAAAUUCCGUGGCCCUCUCUAUUGCAGAAGCUGAAUAUGUGGCAACUGCAUCGUGUUGUAAACACGCAUGGCAACUACAGGACAAACAAGCAACAAAUGACAUUGCAAUUUUUGGAACGCUGAUGCUCAUAUUUUCAAAAUCUGUCAGGGAACCUGAUUCCCAUGACUUAGGUUAG